AUGCCGUCCACUUCUGCACAACCAACUGGUAAUUUUAGCACCUCCAGGAUGGCGGUGUUCAAGCCUGUUAGUACUGGACUCUACUGUACGGCUAUCACGGUCCACAUGCCAUCCUGCUUCUGCCGAUGUAAACUGAAUAAAAAGAUCGCGACCAUGGCCAACACCCCGCCCUACUGCUCCCCUGUCCCGGCUACGCCCCCCUACUGCUCCCCUGUCCCUGCUACGCCCCCCUACUGCUCCCCUGUCCCCGCUACGCCCCCCUACUGCUCCCCUGUCCUCAAGCACAUGCCCCCUACGUCGCUCCCCGUCCCCUCGCUGGCUGCCCCCUACUGCUCCCCUGUCCCCGCAACGCCCCCUUCCUCCCCCCGACUCGCUUGA